AUGAAGUCCUGAAUUCUUCUACUCACCAUGUUCAUCUCUGGAGUUCUGAUGCUUCUGCCUGUGCUGGGAGGCCUCGGGAUUGGUGAUCCCGUAGGUGAAGAAAUAAGAGAAACUUAUCAGUGCUGGGUACAGCCUUCAUUAAAGUACUGUGAGAAAAGAUGGACUAAAAUGAACACCUGUGUACUUCCGAAUCAUACAUGCUGCUGGACCUCCUGUGGAGGCAUCUGCUUAGACAAAAAGGGAGAAGAAAGUGGCGUGAAGUCUGGCUGCUUACGAGCUUAUGACACUAGUAAUAGCGGCAAGGUCAAGAGGUAG